AUGGCCCAGCCGACGGACUUACCAGCUCAGAAGCCUCGGAAACGGGGUGCACCCCGGAUCCGGGCAGACUCCAGCAAGGCCGUCCAGGCGAUCUUGGAGAGAAACCGCAGCAAGCCGGCGCUGGAGAAAGGCGCGGGCUUGCACAAGAAGACCCUGGCGCUCCAGAACAGAGUCUGGAAGGAGUGGACUCAGUUUGUCGAAGCUGGCAAGCUCGACAGUGAUGAGACGUGGCUGCAGCUAUGUGCCGGCUCGCACGACGCCGUCAAUAUAUUCGAGAGUUUCCUCGAGAUGUAUAUCCUGAACUCCGAAACAUCUGUGCCCUGCUUGGGCCCUGACGAGUACAAGACCAAGAGAGACGUGAAUAGUGCGGCGACGCUGCAGGAUGUGUGGUCUGCGCUGGUUCGCGUCGCGAAUGAUGACGUGUUGAAGCAGUUCCGUUAUCAACCAAAUGCAAACGCGCAGCACUUCACACUGCGCUACUCGACCCGUGGCGGCGUCGAGUCUGGCCCUGCUGGACUGGUUGGAAAGUUGAUUCCCGGGCUAGCUGACAGGCUCGGCCUGACCCGGCGCCAGCAAUUCGUGAAAAAGGAGACGACGGAAGAGGAUCUGCUGCUCGUCCUCCAAACCGCUUGGGAGAGGGCGUCCGACAUCCUCUGCAAACCUUCCCAGCGAGUCUCGUUCUCAGGGAAUGUCAUCCUCGGCGGUAUUGGCGGCUGGCGGUACGAGAGCUUGAGGCGUGUGAAGUACAAGGACAUCGAGGUUGGCUGGCUGAGAGACCCUGCCGAUCCGACGAAAGUCCGGCCCGUUGCAAGCGUUCAUGUUCGACAUGUGAAGCGGCACGAGGAUGAGAUUGAAAGGGACCAGAGCGCAAGUUUGACCUUCGGCAUCACCCGGGUCCCGGUCAAGUCUAUUUGCCUUCUCUCUCACAUCGUCGCAAUGGCCAUCUACAAUGGCGCUUUCGCAACAAAGUUCACAUCUUGUGAAGAGGUGUUAUACCCCAAGAACCUGCUUGAGGACCACAUUGACUAUGUGCCACUCAAGUGGAAAGAUGACAUCGUAGAUCAACCCGUCUUUCCGCUGGACUAUAAACUGUACUGGAGAAUAUGGCACCGAGUUCUCGAGGUGGCCGGACUCCGGGAGGGGCUGAGGCCUUACUCGAUACGAGUGGGGGCUGGUGGUCGCCUCAAUGGAGCACUUGAGCCGGCUCUUCGAAGUUACAUCAUGGGUAACACGGAAGAGGUCUUUCGGAAGAGCUACAAUCCAGUUGAUCAGAGGCACAGUCUAAUGACGGUAGCCUACAAAGAAUUGACUGGAGGCUGCGACGAGGUAAUUGCCAAACUGCAUCAGUCGUUCACGAAGCGGGACUGCUAUGCGCCUAUCUACAUUUCCGAGGAAGACUGGAAAGGAUUCGAGUCGCGGAACGACAUCACCCAAUGGCGCAAAGAACUGAACAGCCUUCCCAACCGCAGCAGCAAAGAGGCGAAGAGGAUCCAAUCGAGGAUCCAGUAUGUCAAGAAGGUGCUGGAGAAGGAGCUCAUAAAGCAACGGCGCGACGAAUACUUUGAGACUGCCGACCGCUUGAGAAGCGAAGGACAGUCUACAACCCACCUGCAGGAACGCAGACCAAGAAGACCUGGUCCAAAGCAAAACGAACUCAGCAGCAGAAUGGCAGAGGACUUGUCGCCUCUUUUUCUCGCAGAAGACUCAACGAAGAGAUUUGCCGACGAGCUUGUCAGCGAAGUCUUUCAGAAACCUUUCUAUUGUCGCGAGUGCGAGUUCUCAGGACGGAAACAGCUGGUUGCAGCCGGCCUCUCUGCCUGGAGCAACCACGUUGAGCAAUGCCAUGGCAAACUCCAUGCACCCAACCCUGUAAAACCAGCCCACUGCUUACUUUGCGACAAGACCUUUUCAGCUGGAGGGUUUAGCUUGCAUCUCAACCGAUCUCAUGUUCAGCUUGGCUAUUUUGAAACGAGCUUCCCCUGCCCAGAAUGCCGGCGGUUGGGCACUGGCGAUCUCAUCACAAGUUUGGACCAGUGGAUACUCCACGUCCGGGACAUACACGAUGGCGGCACAGUACCAGGAGCCAUCGUUGUUGGCGUGACCAACCAAAAGCCUAGGAAGAGGAAAACAGAGGAGCUGAACCAGUAUCAGCAGAUCAGGACGAAACAGCUAUGUCUGGAGGCUAUUGUGAAGGACGAGCGGGGAGAGGGGAGUUGUGGCAUCACAAGCGGUGACUACCAUGGCGGCACAGAUUUCUGGGACAAGGAUGAGCUGGCAGAUUGGGAUCGGAGCACCACAGGCGGUUCCUGCCAUGCCAGUGAAGAGUUCUGGGUAACUGGGAGAGACGAGGAUUAUUGA